GAAUAGGCUUCCCUCGCCUCUCGCUUUCGAGUCUGGGACGGGGCCCUCCUCGUCACCCUCACAAACCCAGGGUUUGACCGUCUCGCCUGAAAGCCGGGGUUUCCCUAGGCUGAAAGAGCAAAGUGGGAAUGAAUGGGCCGCCCUCACCAGUUCCUCUGUGGACACAUGCUAGAAUGAGUGCGGUUUGGCACCACCUUAACUGCCAUGGCAUAAUUCUGGGACGCAUGGAAGUGGUAGUUCUACAAGGUCUUUUAGCCUCCUCUGCCGAGUGUUUCAAUAAACUACAAACACUGUGAUUCCAGAGCAUUCAGCCAUGUGGUGUCCCCUUCACUGCUAUGUAAUCCACAUUAUCAAAGCAGAUAGUCCACAAUAUUUGCUUCGAUUAUAUGAGUCUACAUUGCUAAAUAAUCCAGUUCAAAGAAGAUAAUCUGGAUUUAUAUGGCCCCUGGCGGAAUAGCAACACCACCUGUUUAUGCCCAACUCCUUGCUUUGUAUCUUUUGCAUAAUGACAUGAAUAAUGCACGGUAUUUGUGGAAACGAAUCCCUCCUGCUAUUAAGUCCGCAAAUCCUGAACUUGGUGCAAUUUGGGCAGUAGGGCAAAGAAUUUGGCAGAGAGAUUUUCCUGGAAUUUAUACAACAAUUAGUGCACAUCAGUGGUCGGAGUCUAUUCAGCCAAUCAUGGAAGCACUGAGAGAUGCAACUAGGCAACGAGCCUUUGGAUUGGUGUCUCAAGCGUAUACCUCAAUAAGUGCAGAUGACUUUUCAGCGUUCGUUGGGCUUCCUGUCGAGGAAGCAGUGAAAGGCGUGCUUGAUCAGGGCUGGCAAGCAGAUUCAUCCACUCGCAUGGUUAUGCCUAAAAAGCCAGGUCCCCAAGAGCCUUCAUUUAACAGAUUUCACCCAUUAUCAGAACCUGCUCCAGUACCACCAAUCCCUAAUGAACAGCAGUUGGCACGAUUAACUGACUAUGUGGCUUUCCUUGAGAAUUGAUGACUCCAUUCACUCUUUCAUGAGAGCUGUGUUGUCCUAGACCCCUUUGAGAUUAUUUUUGUUCUAUUAAAUGUUGCAGUGUAUGCACUAUUAUAGAAUAUGCUGGUAAAACAUCAUUUUUUAUUUCAUCUAUGUCUAUGUUUUGCUGGAGGAAGGUUUUGGUUCACUUUAACUCUAAUAAUUGUCAACUGGGUGCAGAGCAGCUUUAGAUUUUCAGUUCUUGCUCUUUAUUGUGAAGAAAGCAGCAGUCUAUUAGAAAUGUUGAGAAGUCUUGGUGAUUGCAGUUAAUAGAUAAGAAAUCAAAUACUGAAGGAGUAUAAAAGAAACUUGUUUGGGCAAAAAAAACCCCGAAGUUGUCCUUUUCCCAAGAAUGAUCUUUCCAUAGGUACUGGAAUCUGACUUCUGUGUAGUAUACUGCAGCUUUUAAUUACCUCCUUAAAGCAAAAUAUGUCAUCCUUUGUUCAACAUUACGUGUUCUUUCAAAUAUAAUAUUUGAGCACCAAAUAGGUCUUCUGCAGAGCCACAGCUAUCAAAGAAUACCUGUGAGAAGAGAAGGAAAUGUGGAGGUUAGAAAGCUUCAUGGUGAAUGGCAACAGUAUGAUAUCUGCAUCAGGGUUUUAAGUAUGUAAGCUUUUAAAUAGUGUCAACUGUUACUUCUUUAAAACAGGUGUCUCUUUCCCUUCUUUUGGUCAACAGUUUUUCAUUGCCUGUCCUUCUGGCAUUUGGAAGAUGUUUAUUGUCAUUGGAAAAUCAGACCUAUGGUACAAAUGUCUGCAAGUGUAAUGCAACUUUGAGUCUGAUAGAAUAUUGCUGGAUUUGGAUUGCUGUGACCUUCAUUGUGCAUUGUGACCUUCAUUUUUAAUGUUGAAAGAAAAAAAAAAGCUUACCAUUCUCCUGCAUUUAAAUGUCCGUCAUUCUUUUUCUCUCCCCCUUUUUCUGUCAAUUGUUAAAUGGCUCACUUCUCAGAAAUAGUUGCUGUUUGCUUCUAUAGUGACACCUUUCUCUUAUUUACUACUAUAUCCAUCUGUCGAUGUUUCAGGUGCCCUUGGGUGCAAAAAGGCACUGAUAAGUAUAUAUUUUUUCAAGAGCCUCUUCCUGAGCAAAAUCGCUGAUCUCAAUCCAUUAUUUAUUUGAAAAGAAAUUUAAGCCUCAGCUCUGUAAGUAUUUGUAAGCUUAAUAUUGGUAAUAUUAAAACAUGUUUACACCA